AUGAAUAUCACCAAUCUCCUCACAUUAUUGGCCUUCACCUUCCAAUUCCUCCUGGGCUUGACCCUGGCCUCCCCCGUCUCCCUGUUCUCCGCCGUGGCCCGCUCCCUGAGCCCCAAUAGCCGGGUGUCCCUCGCCCCGGUCGCCAGGCGCGAUGACGACCACCUCUGCACUGCGUCAACAGACGUCGUAUAUGAGCACGGUAACCAGACCGACAUAAAUGACCUCUUGUCCGACUGCCAAACGCUCUCCGAGGCGUUCAAGAACAUCACCGACGAGAAGGGCAACAUCACCCAGUCGUGCGGGAACCCCCCACCCCCCAGCAGGCGCGCAACCCGGGGCUUCAACCUGUUGGGCUCCCAAGGCAACUGCUCGCUCUGGCUCGAUUGUUUCGGAAACGACUCUCGAAAUGAAGUGACGCUGGACUACGGCGACAUCGCCGACGUCAUCAAGCGGGCAACCGACGGGCUGAGACCCUUUGGAAUCUACAAGAACACGAGCAUUCUGUCAGUGCGUGCCUCGACGGAGUGCCAGUCUCUGCAGACGACUUGGAUCGUGGCGCUCAACAGCAGCAGGUCGGCACCAGGCAUAGGACUACAGGAUGGGGACUCCACAGCGCAACUGCAGAAGAUCACAAGCAACUUCAGUCCUGCAGGAGAGCUUCAGCAGUAA